GAAGUAGGCGCCAACUAUACACUCUCACUUAACUAACUUAAUCCAUGGCACUGGCUUACUAAUCAUGUUAUGCAACCUCGUGACGCAAGUAUCAAUCAUAUUCUUAUCACGUGGCGACCAUUUUACCCAAUGCAGCAUUUGGAUUAAAGGCCAUAUACUGAAGUGCAUCUACCCAUGGUGUUUACAACAAUAUGCCUCGAGUGACUAAUCAUCCAGUCAAAGCUGCCUGUCUAGCUUGCCGUUCGUCAAAAACACGUUGUGACGGUCAGCAUCCUUGUAAACCUUGCUUUGAAAGGAAUCGUGGCUGCUUCUACCGCCCUAGUCGGCGCGGUGGGCCUCGGCGAAGCACCAAGAAUGACAAGGAAGUUCGACGUAUGAGCGUGCCUUGCUCUUCAAUAUCAUCAUCACACCCUUCAAAUUCUGGUGGUGUGCUUAAUACCCACCAGACUUCACAUAUUCCAGGGACGGGAGACCCAGAUUCUGCUCAUGAGACUGAUCCUAGUCUUCGGCACAUCAUUGGCCUCCUAACCCCUUUCAGUGGAGAGCAGAACCUCAGUGUGGAUCCUGGUUUGCUUUGGAGUUCCCAGGAUACGGGACCCUCUAGUGAGAUAGAAAACCCGGUUCUAAGAGUAUAUACCUCCGAGGAGGAUAUAGCGAACGCCUAUUAUAUCUAUAUCCAUCCGUAUCUGUCGCUGUUACCACCCCCUGUGGAGCCACAGUAUGAAGACAAACCGAAGGUGUUCCAGCCCCCGCCUGCGGAGGCGGGCACAGUGGACCAGUCUUGUCUUCCAUAUUGGCCGAUGAGCUCUCUUACCUUAGCAUUGUCCGCGAUUCUCUCACUCAUACCACCUCCUCAGGACAUGCACCCAUCAGGGGAAUGCCAUGUUUGGAUGCGGCGCUCCUAUGCGCGGCUCUAUGCACAAGCUGCGCUCAACAGUGCAGAGAAGGAAAUUGACGAUCUCGUGACACAUCGCAUUUCUGACACAAAUUCCUAUUCCCAACGCGUUAGCCUUCACUGUGAAGUACCGUUCCAGCUUCACCCAGUGUUAGCUCUGAUUGCCCUUAGUAUUUAUGAAUAUUGCCAAUAUGGGAACGUAUCCCGCAUGCGCACACGCGCGAACCAAGCGAUUACUACAGCCAUGGAUCUCGGCCUACACCGUUUAGACUCAACCGCACUGGAAGCUCAACGACGAGCAUGGUGGUCUGCUGUUUCAACACUGUAUCAUACCUCCGUCGUACAAGUAUCGUCACCGAUCAUUACAGCACAUGAUCCUCGAAUAACCACUCCAUAUCCCGUCUUAAAAGCGUCGAUAGACGGGCCAGAUCCCUGGCCACUUUUGCUAAAAGCGCAAGAAGCUUUCCUUUCUGUCUCUGAUGUCCUUGAAGCCUUGGGUUUGGUGCAUAAAGUAUCUACGGAGCCCGAGGACCUACCUAAAAGGAUCUAUCAGCUUGACUCACAUAUAAUGUCUUUGGCUGCAGAAUCAGAAUUCUAUAUGGGUCUAACACGAAAGAACGAUGCUGAGGGGCUUGCCACUCAGUGUAUGGGAUCUAUAGCAUAUGUCGUCCUUCACUCAGCACGAAUCAGAUUGCAUCGGUUUCGCGCGUUCAUGGACAUCCCACUAUUUGUCGAAAAGCAUUGUGAUCUCACUGCUAUCAACGAUAAAACCCCAUAUCCGGAAGUGUCUGCACACUUCGAAGCCAUGUUUCCGUUCACCGAGCAGCAAUCCUCAAUCAAAUGCUUAAAGUCAUCACUUGCUGUGGCCCGAGCAUUCAGAAACCUUCCAUGUCCAGAACCAUCCUCUUUAACGGAAAGUCCAGAUACGCAUGCCCCGUCAAGCACCACUGAAGCCCCAACAAUCCAUCAUGCUGCACCUACUGCCGCAUCUGCAAUGAAAUCACCAGGCACCAUACCAUUCUUCAAAUGCGCUGCUAUGCAGGCUUCCUACUCCUUGUUUAUGUUAAUACAUCGGAUACGGGCAGCAAUUGCCUCCGAUCGCCUGUCAGUUUGUUAUCCUUUGAUAGCAAACCCAGAGCCUGUCACAGAGGUCCAGGAUGCCAGGAGACUACUUGAAGAGCUGCGACAUGCAAUAGAAUGUCUAAAAUACUCUCUGGAGAUGGAUGUGGCGUUCGAAGGCAUCGCUGCCAUGUGUCGCGGGCUUAACGCCGUCUAUCUUUCCAUUUUCUCAAGUUAAUUGUCCUAGAGAAAGAUAUAUGCUCAGCCAAAGGCUUUGAAUGAGAAGCGGUCACCAUCUGGACGUAACUCACCACUCCGCUGUACUGCACUUAAAGUGAAUGCUCUAUUUGUAUAAAAGCUUCCACCUCUAAUGUAAUGAUACCUGCUAUAUUGUGAGACUGAAAUGCCCGAUCAUCCCAUUGACUGAUUAGUACAUCUUUUCCUCGCAAUUCCUUCACGACACAUUAUAACUUUAAAGUAGCAAGACCCGCACUUGAAACCCGAACCGAAUCCACACGAAUUAUAACUCCUAAUCGGCUUUCCCAUCAUACCCUAGGGUUUCCUUGUAUUCAGUAGCUCUUUUUAUGAAGGACUCGCCGGCUUUACUAGCAAUCCUUAGAUAUAAAUUGACAGGUGGACAAAGAAAGAAAAAGCAAAUUGGAAUAGAGAAGAAAGAGAUAUGACUUAUAUGGAUCUUCGGGUUCCGCGGACUCCAACAGUGGCGGCGGCGUCCAGAAAGGGAUUAGCGCGGAAUGAAGCUUUUUGCCGUGCCCUAACUGAUGAAGUAGUAUUCGAUAU